UUAUAGGGAGCGUUCCUGUCGCUCAACACUCGUUUAUUACAGGAUCUAAGACAGCAGCUUCUCAAUAUCAGGAAGUACUCAGAGGAAAGUAAUUAUGAAAAUCACAUGUGUGCUAGUGAUUUUGUUAUCAUCCUGCUUUUGGUCAGCGGACAGUAAUGAAUGGCUAGCGGACAGUGAUGAAUCGAGACCACAUACUUUAGAAGUUAGAGGAAAUUACGAUUUUACUACUGGAUAUGGUCGUCUCGGUGGUAGAUAUACAUACUCUUGGGAUGACCCAGGAUCCUUCUACAUGGGUGGAAGUAUAGAUACCAAUGCAGACUGGAGAUUAGAAUUUGGUUUCGAGUUCGAAAUUAGGAAAAAGAGUGUUCAAUGGCAUUACAACAUUACACUCCGGGUAGAUCCAUGUAAUUUCCAUACAUAUGACGACAAUCGGGAUGGAGCAAUAGUGAAGGAAGAACUGCAUGCUAUAUUUGGGAACCACGAGAAGACCGAUGAUCUAUUCAAAGAUCUGGACAUAACAACAGGUGAUGGAUAUAUAGCAAAGGAAGAAUUCUAUGCGAUGGCACCUGUGAUCAUAGCAGAAUGUUUGGACACUGCCGAGAAAUGACAAAAUACCUACCACCAAGCAUGAUAUGUACAUAGUUUGCAUUUUUUGGAAUGACCCCGCUCAUUUUAGAACACAAAGUCAACAAACAUUGUAAAAGUAUAUGUUGGUACGAAUUUAUCGCUACUGAAUAUGAGAAAAAAAAACAGAUAACUUACUAACAAAUUAUGCAUUUUCAUUUUGAUACGUGUUUCUAUGUUUUGCUUAUAACUUCUAAAUAAACUGCAUAUGUA